AUGGCAGCUGUCAGCAGAUAUAGCUCAUACAACUGCUUGACUGGUUGGGAUAGCUAUGAUAAGAUUCCGAGAGUCCGAGUGGAGUAUUACGUAAACGAGAACACUUUCAAAGAAAGACUGCAACUAUAUUUUAUAAAAAAUCAACGAUCGAGUUUACGCAUUAGAAUAGCUAACUUAUUUUUCAAACUUUUGACCUGCGUGUUAUAUAUAUGCCGAGUUUGCGCUGAUGGGGAUCCUAUUACCGCUUCCUGUUACGGCUGCAGGCCUGGGAAUAAGACUGAAUUCGAAUAUUCGGCUAACUUGACGGAAGAGGAAUUUCAGGAGCACCCGAUUAUUAAUUGGGACGGAAUAAUAUGGGUCAAUAGGCCCCUGUAUUUGUGGGUUGUGCAAGUCAUAUUAGCUAUGAUAUCUUUUACCGAAGCCAUACUACUCGCUUAUUUAGGCUACAAGGGUAAUAUUUGGCAACAAGUUUUAUCGUUUCACUUCAUCUUAGAAAUGGUGAAUACAAUACCAUUUGCAUUAACGUUGCCGUUUCCACCGCUCAGAAAUCUCUUCAUACCAGUAUUUUUAAACUGCUGGCUGGCGAAGAGGUCUCUGGAAAACAUGUUUAACGACCUCCACAGAGCUAUGCAAAAGUCCCAGUCUGCCUUAUCACAGCAAUUAAUGAUAUUAUGCGUCACAUUAUUGUGUCUCGUCUUUACAAGUGUCUGUGGAAUUCAACACUUUCAACGAGCUGGACAUCGUCAUCUCAAUCUGUUUCAAGCCACAUAUUUCGUAGUGGUUACCUUUUCGACGGUGGGCUACGGUGACUUCGUGCCCGAUAUUUGGCCAUCGCAACUUUUUAUGGUUAUUAUGAUCGGAGUGGCGCUUGUUGUGCUACCUACACAGUUUGAGCAGCUCGCAUUCACAUGGAUGGAAAGGCAAAAACUUGGCGGUUCAUACUCAUCACACCGUGCGCAAUCGGAGAAACACGUCGUCGUUUGCUCUACUACAUUACACGCUGAUACCAUUAUGGAUUUCCUAAACGAAUUCUACGCUCAUCCUUUAUUACAAGACUACUAUGUAGUACUGUUAUCUCCUAUGGAGUUAGACACUACUAUGCGAAUGAUAUUACAGGUACCAAUUUGGGCACAGAGAGUGAUUUAUAUCCAGGGAUCGUGUUUAAAAGACACAGAUUUAAUAAGAGCUCGUAUGAACGAGGCUGAAGCGUGUUUUAUUCUCGCUGCAAGAAAUUACGCAGACAAAACGGCAGCAGAUGAACAUACUAUUUUAAGAUCCUGGGCUGUUAAAGAUUUUGCACCGGCUGUGCCGCAAUACGUGCAGAUCUUCAGACCUGAGAAUAAGUUGCACGUGAAGUUCGCUGAGUUUGUAGUUUGUGAAGAUGAAUUUAAGUAUGCUCUGUUAGCGAACAAUUGCACGUGUCCAGGAGCUUCUACACUAGUGACGCUAUUACUUCAUACCAGUCGGGGGCAGGAAGGUCAGCAGUCGCCUGAAGAAUGGCAUCGACUAUAUGGAAAAUGCUCCGGAAACGAAAUUUACCAUAUAGUCUUGGGUGAUAGUCGGUUUUUUGGCGAAUACGAAGGGAAAAGCUUUACCUACGCUAGUUUCCACUCGCACAGAAAGUAUGGAGUUGCUCUAGUUGGAGUACGCCCAGCAGAACUACCUGAAUUCUAUGAGGAAACGAUUCUAUUGAAUCCUGGCCCUCGUCAUAUAAUGAAGAGUAGUGACACCUGCUAUUACAUGAGCAUCACAAAAGAAGAAAAUUCAGCUUUUGUCGUUGCUGAAAAACAAACAGAACAGAAACCGUCAAUACCAAAAGACCAAACCGCGUGUAGUCUACUUUCUAAUGAGAAGAAACCAGGUGAUGCAGAGGAGGUUUCUGACCAGCAGAAGAAACCAGACGGUAGUAGCGUCGCUCAAUACGACCUUCCACAAGUGAUUCUCCAAGCUCCCGCGAGUUCCACACCAAAAGCAUCGCCAUCACGCAUCAACCAAGCUAAUACUGUAUCAUCCGCUAAUUUUACUGUCACUGGCUCUAAGUAUGGAGAAGGCACAUCAGCUGCAGAUUCUAGAACUUGCUCAAAAGAUUCUCCCGGUACGGACAGUGCCACAGAUAGUCACCUGUUGUUGCCUAAGCCUGACAACAACUUUUUGAGUCCCGACGCCUUAAAUUAUCGUAGAGGAAGUCGAAGGCCGUCUAUAUUGCCCGUACCUGACAUGGUAACCAGUAACUUAAAUAUCGCCUCCGAUAACCAAGACGAUGAAGUCGAGGCUGACGAAAGUGAAGAUGAACUAGAGGAUGAUGUACCGUGGCGCUCGCCGUCAGAAAAGAUAGCAAUUGUGAAAGGAUUCCCGCCAGUGUCGCCAUUCAUAGGAGUGAGCCCAACCUUAUGUUAUUUACUGAAGGAAAAGAAGUCACUAUGCUGUUUGCAGUUAGCACAAGUCUGUGAACACUGCGCUUACAGAAAUGCUAAAGAGUACCAAUGGCAGAAUAAAACUAUCAUCCUGGCUGCUGAUUACGCGUCCAAUGGGAUAUACAACUUUAUCAUACCUUUGCGGGCCCACUUUAGGUCUAAGACCUCACUAAACCCUAUUAUUUUACUGUUGGAACGCAGACCAGACAUAGCGUUCUUAGAUGCAAUAUCCUACUUUCCGUUAGUAUACUGGAUGUUGGGUAGCAUUGAUUGCUUGGAUGACCUGCUCCGUGCUGGCAUCACAUUGGCUGAAAACGUCGUCGUGGUCAACAAAGAAUUAUCCAAUUCUGCAGAAGAAGAUAGCCUGGCAGACUGUAAUACAAUAGUCGCUGUACAAACUAUGUUCAAAUUUUUUCCAUCGAUAAAGUCGAUUACAGAGCUAUCACAAUCAUCAAAUAUGCGAUUUAUGCAAUUCCGUGCACAUGAUAAAUAUGCAUUACAUCUUUCGAAAAUGGAAAAGCGAGAAAAGGAGCGUGGUUCACAUAUUUCUUACAUGUUCCGGCUGCCGUUUGCCGCUGGCUCCGUGUUCUCGGCAUCAAUGCUAGACACAUUACUAUAUCAAGCAUUCGUAAAGGAUUAUGUGAUUACUUUUGUGCGAUUAUUAUUGGGAGUUGAUCAGGCUCCGGGAUCAGGAUUUCUCACUUCAUAUUCUACAAGCCUAGCGGACGAAGCGCGAGACAAUCAUGCACAACAAAUUGAACGGGCUGAAAUAGCCAAUCUAGUAAGAUCUAGAAUGGAAUCAUUGAACUUAACAGGUAUCGACUAUGAUGACGUUAGCGAAAAAAGGAACAGUCUAUCCUACGUUAUCAUAAACCCUAGCUGUGAUCUCAACUUGCAGGAAGGCGACAUCAUAUACUUAGUCCGCCCGUCGCCGUUCUCUGCACAAAAAACGUUUGAGCGCCACAAUAGCCGCCGCAAAUCAAACAUAAGUUUUUGUUCACAAGCAUUAAUUCAAGCUCAAGGAGUUUCGAGCAGAAGAGGAUCCACCAUCGGAGCAAGUUUUGUGCCGCCACGAGCGCCUCCGCUUUCAACUACUAAAGCUAAUUCAUUAUCCCUACCCGACAGCCCCACCAUAAUCACAGAUUUUCGAGGUAGAUCUAACUCACUUCGGGUCGUGGACGAUAUACUAUUAAGAAGAUCUAAUUCUCUACGGCAAGGGUUGAGUGGUGUUGGUUCUCGCCGCCGCAAGAGUAGUCUCGAAGAAAUUGGCAUAUCUCAUUUCAAUUCAUUAUUGCAACACCAACAGCAGCAGCAGCAACAGAACGCCUUCAAAAUAGCUUUAAACGGCAGUAUUGGUCUAGAAGUGACGCCACCGGAAGAACACCCGCUAGAGCGCUUGCCUGGCCCCAGUAUACCACUCGGUGGGUACCAAGAGGUGGCAGCUGCUUUGCCGUCUUCGUCUCUGGGUCCCUCGCUCCCAAGUAUCACUCCAACCCCAGAUCCCCAACAUUUGCAAGGGACUAUUGUAUGA